GCCCAGCUGGGGUCAUUUACAUGCUGUCAUAGCCGGGUGCUGACUCCGAGGCGUGCGGCAGGCUCGCUCGCUCACUCUCUCUCCGCUCCUGCCACCGCUCAGCCGGCACAGCCCAAGAGAGCCUGAGAGCCUCUUGUCUUUUCCAGGCACCCUGGAGUCCCCCAAGGCCAGCCCGGAGGGCGCGCACCUGCCAGCCGCCCCUGACCUCGAAGGCCAGGCGGCCCCCGAGCCUGAGAAGAUGGCCCAGUCCAAGACCGACUGCCGCUCACCUGUCGGCCUCGAUUGCUGCAACUGCUGCCUGGACCUGGCCCACCGGAGCGGGCUCCAGCGCGACAGUAGCGGGGAGAACAACAACCCGGGCAGCCCUACAGUGAGCAACUUUCGGCAGUUGCAGGAGAAGCUAAUCUUUGAGAACCUCAACACUGACAAGCUCAACAGCAUAAUGCGGCAGGAUUCGCUAGAGCCAGUGCUGCGGGACCCCUGCUACCUGAUUAACGAGGGCAUCUGCAACCGCAACAUCGACCAAACCAUGCUCUCCAUCCUGCUCUUCUUCCACAGUGCCUCCGGAGCCAGUGUGGUGGCCAUAGACAACAAGAUUGAGCAGGCAAUGGAUCUGGUGAAGAAUCACCUGAUGUAUGCUGUGAGAGAGGAGGUGGAGAUACUGAAGGAGCAGAUCCGAGAGCUGGUGGAGAAGAACUCCCAGCUGGAGCGUGAGAACACCCUCCUGAAGACCCUGGCGAGCCCCGAACAGCUGGAGAAGUUCCAGUCUCGGCUGAGUCCUGAAGAGCCAGCUGCCCAAUCCCCACAAGCACCUGAAGCCCCCGGUGGUUCUGCGGUGUAAGUGGCUCUGUCCUUAGGGUGGGCAGAGCCACGAAACCUGUUCUACCUAGUUCUUUCUGGUUUGUUUUUGGCUCCCCAAGCAUCAUCUCACGUGGAGAACUUUACACCUAGCAUAGCUGGUGCCAAGAGAUGUCCCAAGGACAUGGCCACCUGGGUCCACUCCAGUGACAGACCCCUGACAAAGAGCAGGUCUCUGGAGGCUGAGUUGCAUUGGGGCUUCAAAACCCCAAGCCAGUGAGCCUCUAAUGCCACUGCGCCCUGGGGGCUCCCAGGGCCUGGGCAACUUAGCUGCAACUGGCAAAGGAGAAAGGUAGUUUGACAUGUGAUGCCAGUUUGCUCCAGAAUGUAUAAAGGGGUCUGUUUUUCAUUUCCAUGGACAUCUUCAACAGCUUCACCUGAUGACUGUUCUAUGAAGAAGCCACUUGUGUUUUAAGCAGAGGCAACCUCUCCCUUCUCCCCUGCCUCGCCAAGGCAGGGGGCACAGAUGGGAGAGAUUGAGCCAAGUCAGCCUUCUGUCGGUUAAUAUGGUCUAAUGCAUGGCUUUGUGCACAGCCCUGUGUGGGAUUACAGCUUUGGGAUGAGCGCUUACAAAGUUCUGUUUGGUUAGUAUUGGCAUAGUUUUUCUAUAUAGCCAUAAAUGCGUAUAUAUACCUAUAGGGCUAGAUCUAUAUAUUAGUGUAGCGAUGUAUCCAUAUAUACAUACACCUACAUGUUGAAGGGCCUGACCAGCUUUGGGAGUAUUGACUGGUCCCUUAUCUCUUAAAGCUAAUUCUUUGACUGUGCUCAUUUACCACGUUGAUCCAGUUUGUCCUUUAGAUUAAGUAAAACUCAAGAGUAAAGGCAGGGAGAGGAGGGCCAGCCCUCAGAAUGCGGCCACAGAUGCCUUGCUGCUGUACCCUUUCUUUCCCCAACUCUCCACUGAAGACAUGUGAAAUCCUUUUUCGAAUGCCAAACCCACCAUUCACUGGUGCUGACUACAUAGAAUGGGGUUGAGAGAAGAUCAGCUUGGACUUCACAUUGUCAUUUGAGAACUUUUUUUUUAAUUUUGGUGGAACACUUUCAGUUGAACAGAUAGAUGGCAUCCUGAUGUGGAUGAGGGGUGGAUGAGGGAAUGACUUUGAUCCCAUUGGGGCCUGAGGGAUGUGCCCAGGAAAUUUGUUUCCAAGAGGGUUCUGUGACAGUGAACUUUCCACUUUCUGACACCUUAUCCUGAUGUAUGUCUCCAGGAUUUGGAUUUUGAUUUUUCAAAUGUAGCUUGAAGUUUCAAUAAACUUUGCUCUUUUUUUCUAAAAAUAAACUUGGUGUCUGAGUAUAAAGAGACCAGGCAAUGGAGGCCCUCAUCCAGUGGGGGUGGGGGAGGCUGUUUUUCUGAUCAAGCAAAUAUUUCUUGAGCACCCCUAAGGGCCAGGCCUAUGCUACGUUCAUGGUCAUGUGUCAUCCACCUAGCCUCCAUAUAAAGGACAUGUUCUCACUGUUGGUAAGCAAGCUAAGACUUGGUGAGUUGAAGUGACUUGCCCAAAGUUAACUAACACAGCUGCUAUGCAAAUUUAUCUCAAACUCCCCGCUGUCCCUCUGUCCUGGUCUAGCUUUCAUAUUAGAGCUUCAGAGUGAGUGUUCAGGUGUCUACUGAUGCCCAAACUCAGUUUCAGGGGGUGAUUUGGGAGGAAGGAUAUCCCCCAAGAAGGACCCAAAGAAAAGAGCAGGAUAUAUGUGUGAAAGAGCAAGGAGAGAGGAACCAAAUAAAUAAUGACUGGAUUUCCUUCUAAAAUCACCAUACCACAGUGCAUUCUCCUUAAUAUCAAUCCACACAUGACAUUUGAUCUUGGCUAGAGGGUCUUAGAAAAAGACAGGGAAUUGGGAGGUGACAAAGCCACAUCGCUGUUCCCUGCUCCUCCCACCCUGCCCAAAGAAAGAAGCCUUCAAUCCCUGAUUCUCCACUGUGAAAGUUCAUUCACCAAAUGCACAGGCAGUGUUGGAAGAGUAGCUUCUGACCCCAGCUUCCCUCUUUCACCUCUUUUUGGGGUUCAUGAUCACCCACCACCAUUUCCUGGCCCUACUUCUCUACCAUUUCUUGCUGUUUCUAUGAUUGGCUAUGGAUGAGCAUUUAGUGUUUCCUCUAUCAUGCCCCAAAAUGAACCCACCCUGGUCCCUGAGCUUUGUAAGUCCACUGUGUUCCCAGGGGAGACCAUCACCCCUAUUAGUGACUCCCUUCAAUCUGAGCUUCCUGUAGCAUGAGCCUGCUACCUAACCCUUGGCCACUUGUUACUGAUCAGCACUCCUUGAUUUUCCUCAAGCAUAAACCUCAAGGUAACCAAGAUUUCUUGGCCCCCUCCCUUUCACCAGUCAUUGCCUUAAUGUAAUCAAAAUGGUACGUUUUGUUUGUUUGUUUGUUUGUUUCCUGUCAGGUUCAUCCACAUGGCCUUUUCUUUUCCAAUCACCAAGACCCUUCUUUAGAAUUUUGCAAACCCUUGGUUGCUGGCCUAUCAAAUCCCAGUUUCCCUACCCAUUUCCAAUGCUGCUACUCAUGAUGCCAAGUUUGUCAUCUACACCUGCAAAUUUGAUCACGGCAUGCAGAUUGCACAGCUACUGAAAGUUCACCAACUUUGGCCUAGUGCACUGGAAUCCCCCAGGCAGCCACGCCCAACCUGCCCAGGUUCUCCCAGUACCCACCCCCCCCCCAACUAAGAUCAGGGAUCUGUGCACUGUUUACACCUGGUUUCCAGCUGAACAACAAUGAACAGAUGAAAAAAGGAAACCCAGAAAAUAACUCAGCAAUACUCCAAACCUCUCUGGACAUCAAGUCCUUUCUGUACAAGAAAGGGGAAAAAACAUGUCCCAUAGUCACAUAGUGGUAAAGAGAGAACAAUUUUGUUUCCUAGGCAACCCCGACCAAACAGAGACAAACACUGUGACUUCUGAGGCCACAGCGGUUACAUGACUAGAUAAGAGGAACUUCAGAUGUUUGUUGUUCACGUAUAGAAGCAAGUCCUUGUUGUUUUUCCACACAAAAUGACUAGGCAUGGAGAAAGGCCAAAAAAACAUAUUGUUCUUGGACUUUUGUGGCCUUUGGGGUUCUGGGCUCAGCUGGUUCUGCUGGACGAAGAACAAGAAAAAGAACAAUGAGACCUGUAGCAGUAAUCAUCCCCUCAUUGGGCAUGCCACCUCACCUUGUGCCCUCUAAUCUACUGCCUCAUAGGAUCUCAAAGGCAGCUCCUCCAAGCAUAGCGACAAGGAUGGAAAAAGCACCUCUUUGCAGCCCACCCCCAAUGUGGAACAUUCUGUUUCCUGCCCUUCGAAUGAGGCAGUUAUGAUUUACCUCCAUUUGACAGACAAGAAAACUGAGAGCCAGAUCCCAUCUUUCCCACAGAUCCCAUGGGGCAAUGGUUCCUCUUUUGAAUGUCAAAAAUAUCCUCAGACUUCCCCCCAACUCCAUGAUAGUAGAACUUUUAGUGUUUUUUGAGAGAGAGAA